CGCUGAGUGCGCGCUGCGCGUUCGCGUCGCCGAUUGGGUUCGAGUUCCUGACGCGCGUCUCUUUGCGCACCGGCUCACUGCGGACUGCGGGCGUUUGGCAAGCAAGUUUAGAGAAUUCUGACUAAAAGAGCUUGAGAACAGAGGACAGUGUCCGAGCCAAAGCGGACACAAUGUCGGGAUCCAUACCGUUUUACCAGAAACAUCAUCGUCACUAUGAUCGUGGCUACCGUAGCCGGGAGACGGAGUCUGCUAUUAGCCAAUACCAGCAGAACUCCAGCAGUUAUUCCUCACGUAGCAGCAAAAGCACACAGGGCAUUAGAGCUGCCACAUAUACGGCACUAGAUGAGGGGGGCAUCAGCCCCCUGCCCAAGAGAGCCAAGCCCACCUAUCUGGCCAUGGACAAGGAGAACCAGAUCAUCGGUUAUGUGGUGCCCAUCUUCAGGGGCAGUCGUGAGUUUGAAAGCGGUCUGUCAGACACCGAGGAAGCACGCGCUAAAGAGAGCGCCGGAUAUCUGGCACGCCGUGACCUCUUCACUAGCGGCGUGAAGUUGGAGCGCACAGAACACAAGUCCCGCCGAACCGUCAUGAGAGAGUCCGCCGAGCGCAUCUCGCUUAGCAAAAGGAUUCAUGAGAACGAGGAGUAUCACAAGCGUCUGAACGAGGACAGCCUGAUGCAUACGCCAGAGUUUGUGAUCAAGCCCCGUUCACACACUGUGUGGGAGAAACAGUGUGUGCGGCUGCACUGUACCAUCACGGGAUGGCCUGAACCACGCGUGGUGUGGUACAAGAACAAUGUCUCCAUUGACCCCAUGGCCCACCCAGGGAAGUAUAAACUGGAGAGCAGCUAUAAUGUUCACUCCCUGGAGAUUAACAGGUGUGAUUUUGAUGACACUGCACAGUACCGCGUGUCCGCUAUGAACAGCAAGGGCGAGAACGCCGCAUACGCUUCUGUCGUCGUCAAAAGGUUCAAAGGAGAGCUGGAUGAGUAUCUGCCUACUCCCAGACAGCAAAGCAGAAGGUUCGGAUGUGAAGUGCCCUGUCUGGAGUACGGUGUGACUUUUGAGACGCACAUAGUUGAGAAGUUUGGAGUGGCGUUCGGCCGUGAGGGAGAGACUCUGAGUUUCGGCUGCAACGUCAUCAUCUAUCCAUCACUGCAGCGCUUUCAGCCGGAGAUCGAGUGGUACAGAGAUGAUAAACUGCUGGUGCCGUCUAAAUGGAUGCAGACGCACUGGAGCGGAGACAGAGCUACACUCACGCUCACACACCUCAACAAAGAGGACGAGGGGCUGUACACACUCCGCGUCAUCACCAAAUCUGGUUUUGAGACUCACUCCGCUUAUGUGUUUGUUAGAGAUUGUGAUGGUGAGGUUGCAGGUGCACCCGGAGCUCCUUUAGAUGUACAGUGUCAGGAGGCCAAUAAGGAUUACGUCAUCGUUACCUGGAAACAGCCAGCGGUGGAUGGCGGGAGUCCCAUCUUGGGCUACUUUGUUGACAGAUGUGAGGUUGGCACUACACAUUGGGCUCAAUGUAAUGACACUCCGGUGAAGUUUGCUCGUUUCCCCGUCACCGGUCUGGUGGAGGGACGCAGCUACACCUUUCGUGUACGUGCGGUGAAUAAGGCCGGUAUGAGUCACCCGUCCCGUGUCUCUGAACCGGUAGCUGCCAUGGACCCUGCUGAUCGCGCACGGAAAGGUACAUCUGCUCCCUGGACUGGUCAGAUUAUUGUAACUGAAGAAGAGCCUGUAGAGGGAGUCGUUCCCGGCCGACCUUGUGACCUCAGUGUCAUUGAAGCCACUAAAAACUAUGUGGUACUGAGCUGGAAGCCCCCGGGUGAGAAGGGUCAUGAAGGGGUCAUGUAUUAUGUUGAGAAGUGCGUUUCUGGCACAGACAGCUGGCAGCGAGUAAACACUGAAAUCCCGGUGAAAUCUCCACGCUUCGCUCUCUUCGAUCUGGCGGAGGGCAAAUCGUAUUGCUUCCGUGUUCGCUGCUGUAACUCGGCUGGUGUCGGAGAACCAUCAGAACCGACCGAAGCCACCACGGUUGGAGACAAACUGGAUAUCCCGUCAGCCCCUGGUCGUGUGGUGCCAACCCGCAACACGGACACGUCUGUGGUGGUUUCGUGGGAGGCGUCGCGUGAUGCUAAAGAGCUGGUGGGCUACUACAUCGAGACCAGCGUCGCUGGGAGCAAUGCCUGGGAACCCUGCAACAACAAACCUGUGAAAGGCACCAGGUUUAUCUGUCAUGGCCUGACCACGGGCGAGACAUACGUCUUCCGUGUGCGAGCGGUGAAUGCUGCAGGAAUCAGUGAUUUCUCACAAGAAUCUGAAGCUAUCGAAGUUAAAGCUGCUAUUGGGGGCGGUAUUCCUCACGGUGUGUGUCUGGAGUCAGUGGGUAUUGGGGUGGCACUAACCCAGCACAGCUCUUGUGGAGUGGGCAGGCAUGUGGCGUCUCACUCCUCCGCUGGCGCACCUUUAACACGCUUAGCUAACGGUAUUGAGAGGGCCGAGGGAGGGGGUCAAGUAGGGCAUCCACCCACCCUUAACGAGGGCAAACAGUGCAAGAGGGGGAACGUAGGGCCACCCGAACCCACUAAUAAGCAGGAACCUGAAAUAGCGAAACCGGCUGAGAACUGUAGCGCUGAAUCGUGCACACCCGACUGUAUUGAAACGGAGCCGGAAACAGGAUCGGCCGACAAUCGUAAGUGCUCGCUAAACUCGUCUGUGGAACCAGAGAAAGCAGAAGAACACGGGAGAGGACGAAGAGGAUCAGCAUCCCCUGCUCCUCCCUAUGGCAUCACUGUGUUGGAAAGUGUGCGGGACUCGAUGGUGUUGGCAUGGAAACAGCCCACUUUCAUUGGUGGCGCUGACAUCACCGGCUACUUCAUUGAUUACCGUGAGGUCAUAGGUGGAGUGCCGGGAAAAUGGCACGAGGCGAACAUCAAGUCCAUCAGCGAGCGAGCGUAUAGAGUGUCGGACCUGAAGGAGAACAUGCUGUACCAGUUCCAGGUACGCGCUGCCAAUAUGGCUGGCGUGGGCAUCCCAUCUCAGCCCAGUGAGGUAUUCAGAUGUGAGGAGUGGACCAUUGCUGUUCCUGGACCACCCCAUGACCUCCAAAUACAGGAGGUUCGAAAGGACGCUCUGGUGUUGCUAUGGAAACCACCUGUGUACCAGGGCCGUGACGCUGUCAAUGGAUACUACGUUGAUAUUAAGGAGACUGAUGCAGACUUUGAGAUGUGGAGGGGUGUUAAUGAGAAAGCCACUGAUAAGAAGUACAUGAAGAUCAAGGAUCUAAAGGAGGGCGAGUCGUAUGUGUUCCGCGUGCGAGCUCAGAACAAGGCUGGUGUAGGAAAAGCCUCAGAGACCACAGAACCGGUCAAGGCCGUGACUAAACCAGGUACUUCAGAGAUCGUGGUGGAAGUUGAUGACGAUGGCGUCAUUUCUCUGAACUUCCAGUGUUCGGAGCUCACUCCUGACUCCAAAUUCAUCUGGUCCAAGAAUUAUGAGGAGAUGUCAGAUUCUGACCGCAUGACCCUGGAGACCAAGGGCAACAAGUCUAAAGCGAUCUUUAAGACGCCUUCAGAAGAGGAUCUGGGGAUCUACUCUUGUGUGGUCACACACACUGAUGGAGUGUCAGCCAGCUACACAAUCACUGAAGAAGGUCUAAAGGAUCUCCUGAAAAUCAGCCACGAGCACAAGUUCCCUAUUAUUCCUCUGAAGAGCGAGCUGGCCGUGGAGUUGCUGGAGAAGGGCAGAGUUCGCUUCUGGCUCCAUGCGGAGAAGAUGUCUGCCAACGGAAAAGUCGAAUACGUGUUCAAUGACAACAUGAUUUCCCAGGGAGAGAAAUACAAGAUGAACUUUGAUAAAAACACAGGCAUUAUUGAAAUGUUCAUGGAGACUCUGAGCAAAGACGACGAGGGAACGUUCACUUUCCAACUUCAGGACGGCAAAGCCACUAAUCAGUCCAGUCUGGUGUUGAUCGGAGACGUCUUCAAGCAGUUACAGAAGGAAUCAGAGUUCCAGAGGAAGGAAUGGCACAGGAAACAGGGUCCACACUUUGUGGAGUAUCUCAGUUAUGAAGUAACACCUGAAUGCUGUGUUAGACUGAAGUGCAAGGUUGGUAACAUGAAGAAAGACUCUGUGGCUCUCUGGUAUAAAGACGGACGUGAGAUUAAAGUCAAUGAGAAACUUGAUUUCUCUGAAGGAGUGUUGACUCUGGAGAUCGCUCAGAUCUCAAAGAAAGAUGCCGGUGUCUAUGAAGUGGUUGUGAAGGACGACAGAGGCAAAGACACAUCAACCCUCAAUCUCACUGACCAAGGAUUUAAAGAUUUGAUGAAUCAGGUCUUCAGUGUUAUUGCCAACUCUUCCACUCCACUGAAGAUUCAGAGCACUGAGGAGGGAAUCAGACUUUACACCUUCGUCAGCUAUUACAACGAUGAGCUGCACGUCACCUGGCAUCACAAGGACGCAGCGAUCGCAUUCACAGAUCGCAUUAAGAGCGGUGUGGUGGGCGAGCAGCUCUGGCUUCAGAUUUCCGAACCCACUGAGAAAGACAAAGGGAAGUACGCCAUCGAGUUCUUCGACGGUAAAGGAGGUCUGCGCAGGACCGUGGAACUGGCAGGACAGGCGUUCGAUGAUGCGUUUGCUGAAUUUCAAAGACUCAAGUCUGCAGCCAUCGCAGAGAGAAAUCGCGCUCGCGUGGCUGGUGGGCUGCCUGACGUCGUGACCAUUCAGGAAGGAAAGGCUUUGAAUCUGACCUGCAACAUCUCAGGAGAUCCGGUGCCCGAGGUCACCUGGCUGAAGAACGAGCGUGAGAUGGUUUCUGAUGAUCACUACAUCCUCAAAUUCGAGUCUGGCAAGUUUGCCAGUUUCACCAUCACCAGCGUCAACACGUCCGACUCCGGCAAAUACAGCAUCCUGGUGAAGAACAAGUACGGUACCGAGAGCGGCGAUUUUACUGUAAGUGUCUUCAUGCCAGACGAAGAAAAGGUGUCUUCAUCGCAGACGAAGAAAAAAUAAGCCAAAGAGAAUACAAGCCAACGAAAUGGGAGUUCCUUAUUAAAUCGUUAAAAAGUAUAUGUACAAAAAAAGGAAAAUUAACAAAAUAUGUAUAAAAGUACCAUCUCAUGGGAAUUCGUACAUGCGCUAUUAUUAGAAAAACGCAAUAGUUAAAAAGCUGAUGCAAAAGCAGAUCAUAUUAAAACGUACGAAUGAGAUCGUACAAAUUCAUGAAAUGGUUAUGAAUUGCCAUGAGGUUGUGUUUAAAAAAAUAAAAAAUUAAAUAUUAUAAGUGCAUUUUGGAAAAUUUAGGUAAAUAUUUAUUGUUGACAGUAUUCGUUGCAUUGAAUAUCUGAAGGUCUGUACUCGAUGAAGAGUAUUAAUGGUGCUAAUAUCUUGGUUGCGGGUUGCAAAUAAAAUAAUGUCAAAAUAAUAACCCCAUAAAUCAGAAACAGAAUCUCUGUAUAGUUUCAGUUUUAAAGUAAAACUUUACUGGACCGUUUUCUCAGUUUCUCACCCGUAUGGAAAGAACACGGUUUUAAGUCCAGGUUGUGUUGUGCUUUAUUGUGUGUUUGGCUUUUCUUGUGUUAUAGAUUCAAUGAGAAACAGAUGCACUAACUCUGUGCAUGAACGUUUGACAGUCAGCUCUAUUGUUUCAGUUUAUUUCCAUCCUGAAUACCGGAGGUUCAGUCCUGGGUGGGAUGUUGCAGUCAUACGAGAUGAAAGAUUUCUGUGAAUGCUUCCCUAAUAAAUGCACUGCAUGUGACAUCACUCCCUCCCAAGAUGGAGUCAUUUUGUGAAAGCAUAUUGAUCAAAUCUGAGAAUGUUACGACCUCACUUCCUGUUUUACCUCACAGAUAAUCACAUGUCAUUUCCAAUAAAUGGAGCACACGUUCUCUCACCCUCCUCUCUGUCGUCUUCUUUU